GGAAAAUCAGCACUAUCAGGAAAACGAAGCCAACUGUCAUCGCGUACAUCCGUGGAAUGGACUUCAAUUCACCAAUCAGCAUUAGAAAAUCUAUUAAACGAGGUCACAUCCCCUCCUAUUCUAGCGUACCCGAAUUAUGAGUUGCCUUUCGUGGUUCACACCGACGCGUCACAGGAAGGCCUGGGGGCAGUCUUAUAUCAAGAGCAAAAUGGAAUCCUACGAGUUAUCGCAUAUGCAUCAAGAACAUUAAGCCCUUCCGAGAAAAAUUACCAUUUGCACUCAGGGAAGUUGGAAUUUUUAGCCUUGAAAUGGGCGGUAACAGAACACUUCCGAGACUACCUAUAUUAUGCUCCAAAGUUCCUGGUCUACACUGACAAUAGUCCCUUGACCUAUGUCCUUACCACCGCGAAAUUGAACAGUACGGGACUACGAUGGGUUGGCGAAUUAGCUGAAUUCAAUUUUGACAUUCGAUAUAGGCCUGGUAGGAUAAACACGGAUGCGGACUGUCUCUCGAGACCACCCUUAGAGAUACGCGAAUAUAUGACAAGCUGUAGCGAAGAGAUCUCUCUAGAAACCAUCCAAGCGACUAUUUCCUCUGUUGAAGCCCACGCAGCCGGUGAUGUAGUUUGGUUGACAGCUGUAACGGACGAGACUAAAGAAAUGGAAGCUGAUGAACUGUUCGAGAGUACAACGUCAAGCAGGCUGAAAGUAAUCGACAUCCUCAAAGGCCAGCAGGAAGAUCCAACGAUCAAACGUGUUCUACUGUUUUGUAAGCUGUGUCAAAAGCCGAAAGUAACUGAUCAACGCCGAGAACCGCCCCAAGUACGGAAGUUCUUAAAUAAAUGGAAACAUUUACACAUUGAUAAGAAGACCGGUUUGCUGUAUCAUAAUCAACAGCUGGUCCUGCCUCAGAAAUUCAAUCGGUUGGUUUACCGCGAAUUACAUGAAGAAAUGGGACAUUUGGGGGUAGAAAGAGUGUUAGCCCUUGCUCGAGAAAGAUUCUUUUGGCUUAAUAUGAGGAAAGAUAUCGAACAUUUCGUACAGCGGACAUGCCGAUGCAUAAAGCAAAAACAACCGAGUCGUCACACCGUGGCACCCUUACACCCGAUCGUUACAACAGUGCCCUUUCAGAUGAUAUCAAUCGAUUUUAUGCACCUAGAACAGAGUUCAGGUGGAUACCAAUACAUACUCGUAGUAGUUGAUCAUUUCACCAAAUUCGCCCAAACAUACACUACCAGAAAUAAAAAGGGAAAAACUGUCGCAGAUAUUAUCUUUAAUGAUUUUGUCCAGCGGUUCGGAUUUCCGGAAAAAAUACACCACGACAUGGGCGGAGAAUUUGAGAAUGAGUUAUUCAAACGUCUGGAACAGUUGUCUGGAGUGAUGCAUUCACGAACAACUCCUUAUCAUCCCCAAGGAAACGGAUUGGUUGAAAGGAUGAAUCGAACACUACUAGGGAUGCUUCGAACUCUCCCCGAAGCUUACAAGUCUCGAUGGAAAGACCACCUCAGCAAGCUGACACACGCAUACAACUGCACAGUCCAUGAAUCGACAAACUACUCCCCGUUUUAUUUGCUGUUUGGACGUAGCCCAAUAUUACCGAUCGAUUUGAUAUUUGACUUACCACGAACAUCCGAUACGACAUCACACUCGGACUAUGCAUCAAAAUGGAAGACUGCUAUGCAACAAGCCUACACACUCGCACACAAGGCGACUUCAAAGAAUGCGGCGAAGGGUAAGAAGAAUUACGAUCGACGAGUCAGGUGUUCAAGUCUUGAACCGGGAGAUUGCGUGCUAGUACGCAACCUCACGCCUAGAGGAGGUCCAGGUAAACUUAGAGCAUAUUGGGAGGAAGCUGUACAUGUUGUUGAAUCGCGUAAAAGUUCGGACAGCCCAGUAUAUGAAGUGAAGCCAGAGUCAAGUCAUGGUCGAAACCGCACACUUCACCGUAAUCUCCUAUUACCAUGUGAUUUUCUUCCGAUUGAAAAUUGGCCAGAAAUCGAGCGGACAGUUAUUAAAAGAGUUCCUCCCAGAAGUCCCAUCUCAAAACCCGGCAACGAAGAAACAGACGAAGAAGAGAGCGUAGAUGAAAGUGAAGAUGAAAUUCGCAUUACUUGGAACACUGACCAAAUUAAUAAUGCUGCAGCCGCAGACGGAGAUUUCGUUGGUGAACCGAACCCAGACAUUGCCGUCGAUGAAGCAGAUGGUGGCGACGCCACAGACGAGUCUUGGGCUGAUGAUGAAAACCAUGAAAUAACUGGAGAUGAACAGGCGAUAGAAAACUCUACAGACGAUGAACAAGAAGAAGUACGUGAUGUGCGUUCGCAACGAAACAGGCAACCGCCCCAGAGAUUAACUUACCUCGACCCAGGGAACCCAGCUUACCUUAGACCCAUCUGCAGCGAAGUUGCCAAUCAAUUUUACCCCAUGUCACCACACGUACCACCUAUCCCACCAUACCUACCACCUAUACCACCAUACCUACCACCACCUAUGACACCAUACCUACCACCUAUACCACCAUACCUACCACCACCUAUGACACCAUACCUACCACCUAUGCCACCCGUAGUACCUACUCCAAGCGAAGUACAACCCUUUGGAUCAGUACCUCUAAAGUGGCUUCCUAUACCUUGUCACCCGUAUACGUGUCCCCCUGUGAUGCCUCUGAACUGGCAAAACCCACCUUUUCCCUACCCAAUCCAGUAA